UAAAAUAAGGGCUGUGGGAAAAAGGAAUGGUGGAAAAGUGAUUGAAUUUGACCACUAGGUUUUAUGAGUUAUGACUCAUACUGUGGUAGUCUAUAGUGCACUACUUUUGACUAGAGCCCUAUGCCCAUAUAGGGAAUACAGUGCCAUUUGGGACGCAGACUCGGUCACAUGGGCUCUCUCAUUGUAAAGGAAAACUAGUCAAGUCGUGAGGAACCCACUUGGCAUGCUACUGAAUAAUGAACAUCACCCUACUGGGAUUUAUUUCAUYAGCUAGACUUUCUAGGUAUCGGAGCCACCAUUUUUCUCUACUCCAUCUUUCUUGUGUCUACCAGAUCAUGGGCUCUAUGCGUCUCCUCUCCUUCAUAGCAGAUGGUUUCUACAUCUAUUACCCCAUGCUCAUAGUCCUCCUCUGCAUCGCCACCUACUGCAGCCUGGGUACCCGCUGUCUCAACCUCCUGGGGUUCCCACACUAUAUUAGUCAGAGCGAUGACUUGACCUCUGAGCUGGUGGAAGAGGGCAGAGAGCUUAUCAGAAGAGAAAGAAGAAAACGACAGAGAAGCGAGGAUGGGGAGAGUCGGAAACGAGGAUGGAGAGAGCGCUAUGGAGAACAGCGAAAUGUGAGGAGGAACAGAAAUGAUUAUUCCGAGUUAAAGGACAACGACUCUCCCUCAGACAACAGUGACACUGCCCAGUUGACCUGGAGAGAGAGCGGGGAUCACACUGGGCUACUUCAGGACGUGGACACCAUAAGCCUAGAUCCUAGUGAUUCUCCAACCCAGAGGUACUAGAUCCUAGUGAUUCUCCAACCCAGAGGUACUAGAUCCUAGUGAUUCUCCAACCCAGAGGUACUAGAUCCU